GUCCCCUCCCCCCAGCCGGCCUGCAGCGCCGAUGCCCGGGAUAGGGGCGGUGGGAGCGCGGUGCAGGCACCGGCCGAGGAGGAGCCCCAGGAAGGGCCCCGAGGCCGAAGCGGGCCAGGCCGGGGCCGCCAUGGACGCGGCGAUCUGGAUCUAUCAGUUCCGGCUGAUCGUGCUGGGCGACUCCACCGUGGGCAAGUCCUGCCUCCUGCACCGCUUCACCGAGGGCCGCUUCCCGGGGCCGCUGCUCUGCGACCCCACCGUGGGGGUGGACUUCUUCUCCCGCCUGGUGGAGAUCGAGCCCGGCAAGCGGGUCAAGCUGCAGCUGUGGGACACGGCGGGGCAGGAGCGGUUCAGAUCAAUAACACGAUCUUAUUACCGCAAUUCUGUUGGCGGCUUACUGGUGUUUGACAUCACAAACCGGCGAUCUUUUGAACAUGUGAAAGACUGGCUAGAAGAAGCUAAAAUGCAUGUACAGCCAUUUCAAAUUGUGUUUCUGUUAGUUGGACAUAAAUGUGAUUUAGUAUCACAGCGUCAGGUGACAAGAGAAGAAGCUGAAAAACUGUCAUCUGCCUGUGGUAUGAAAUACAUAGAAACCUCAGCAAAAGAUGCCACAAAUGUUGAAGAAUCCUUUACGAUUCUGACCCGAGACAUAUAUGAACUUGUAAAGAAAGGAGAAAUUUCUAUACAGGAUGGAUGGGAAGGUGUUAAAAGUGGCUUUGUUCCAAAUGUUGUCCAUUCAUCAGAGGAGGCCGUAAAGCCUAGAAGACAAUGCAUCUGCUGAACUCAUUGCAUGCCAAAGAGCAUAUCAGGUGUUUAGAGAAUGAUACCAACAUAAAUAACAUCAUUCUGAAGACAUAAUA